AUGAACAUGACCCUCGGGAAUAGUCACUCCAUUUCAGAACGCUCUUUAGCCGGAGGUAACCCGCCACACGGAAGUGAUGACUCAGCAGCUCUGUCACUUCGUGGCAACGAUGAAUUAACUACCUCUUCUUCAGGCUCUACACAAACGCUAUCGCAGCGUCGAUAG